AUGAGAGAGUUGGAAGUUGACCAGAGCGCACAAACCACCUCCAUCAGAGUUCACUGCAGCUGUAACCAAGUUGUCCAGAAAUUUAUGUUUACAUCAGGUCUCAACAAGUUCAAAGGCCUGAUGGGGAUAGAGCACCAAGAUUCCAGUUCAACAUUCAAGAGGAAUCAAUCGAAGAAGAGCGACGAGUUUAAGCAGUGGGAGCUAGACCACCAGAAGGGUGUUGUCGGAUGCCUGAGAGUCAACGAUAACUACUGCGUGGAACACUGGUGCCGAAACCUCGGAGCUAGAUUGAGGAAUCACAAGUUCCCAUUUGUGAAUGUUCUGGUAGAAAAAAAGAAGAAGGACAAAAUCGAGGUAACAGAGCAGAAGAAUGCUUCCAUAAGAGGGGCUGGUGGUCACCCGAUGACGGGAGAGAAGUGCACCAGUUUGCAGAUACAGGUCAAGAAGGUUGUUAAGAGCGUGACUGCUGAAACGAUAUCGGUCGAAGCGAAGAUGAAACGUUUGAACAAAGGGAUCCGGGGAGUUUUCUUGCACAACUGCAUGGUGACACCUCCUGCUCAUCGUCACAAACUGUGCCCCAAAGGAAAGAAUAGCUUUUGUGGUUGGAGGAGACAGCAAGCUGGUGACCUUUCAGAGUAUGACGAAAAGAAAAAGACGCACUUGUACGGCGAGUUCUAUCAAUUGCUGCUGCCAAUAAUUGACGAAUUCACUAGCGAUCUAAUGCUUGUGAAACUCUCGAAGGGUCUCCACACUGACGACUUGGAAUCCCUCUUCAGCUCGGUUCACAGCCAGCAUUCGAAAAAGAAGUUCCGAGGUCCUGAGAUUCUAAGAGGAGCUUUUGCACGAGGUGUCGUGCAAAAUAACUCUGGGCACUCAUACCUGAGGAAGAUAGUUGAGAAGAACAGUUUCAAGCCAACCUUGUUCUUGACAAAGUUCAUCGUCGAAGAAGACAAGAAAAGGAUUGUAAGUGAGGAGACUUACAUGGACAAGGAGAUGAUUGACAUCGUAAAGACAGCAACUGGUGCUGCUGCUGCUGUUGACGAUUCUUAUAAAUCGGGACAAUUCGAUUAG